UCUUCACUCUCUCUCUUCUCAUUACUCCCAGAGGAUCGGUAAGAGAUCUGCCUGUGCUAUUCUCUCUCUUCUUCUGCUUCUCCUCUUGGCUUACAAUGGCGCCUCUAUAUUCUGUGUAGACGUUCCUUUUCCGGCCAAAACCCCGCCCGAACCUUUCACGCCUGAAACCUCCGCCGGAGAAUCAAGAAAAUGGCAGUCCUCUUCCACGAAGCUCUCUUCUUCUCUGAUGCUCGCAGUGAAAGACGAAAGCCCACCUUCUAUGGCUUCUAUACCGAAAACCCAUUUGCCCCUUUUGAAGAAAUCACAAAGUUCGGUUCUUUUCAGGAAAUAUUCUUCGAUUCACAAGCCGAUCAAACAGAGGCAAAAACAGAGAUCCCUGUUCAAGAUUCUGCAAUCGGACGCUCGCACAAAGCUCUUUUCACCAAGAGUGAAGGAGUUUUUCAAGUCAAAGUCGUCGAAUUCUUCGUGCAAGGUUCGGUUUUUCAUGACUUGGAUUUCUUCACUGGAAUCAUUUAGUGAAAGAGAAUUGUUUUCAAUACAGAGUUUGUUCAAAUCUCACCCAAAUGCCUGUUUAAUCAUAGUAUCGAAUUCAAUGGACUCCAGAGGUGGACUCCAAAUUUUAAGGCCCUUUUCGGAUAAAGGGUUUCGAGUUACAUCUAUUUCACCGGACUUCGAUUACUUGUUCAAGAACACGGCGGCUGAAUCUUGGUUUGAUCGGUUAAAGAAAGGGAAUGUUGAUCCCGGAGGGAUCUCAUUAGGUCAAAACCUCUCCAAUCUGCUUAGGCUUGCUCUGCUCUACAAAUUUGGGGGUGUUUAUAUAGACACUGAUGUGAUACUUUUGAAAAGCUUUGCAAAAUUGAGAAAUUCAAUAGGUGCACAAACUAUGGAUGUUACAACUGGUAAUUGGAGCAGACUGAACAAUGCUGUGAUGAUAUUUGACAAGGGUCAUCCACUAGUUUACAUGUUCAUUGAAGAAUUUGCACUCACUUUCAAUGGUAACAAGUGGGGUCACAAUGGGCCUUAUUUGGUUUCUAGGGUUGUUUCCAGGCUGAAAAGAGGGCCUGGUUUGGACUUCAAUGUGUUGCCUCCCAUGGCAUUUUAUCCGGUUGACUGGAAUCGAAUUCAGACGCUGUUCAUUGGACCGAUGAAUGGGGCUCACUCCAAAUGGCUGAAGGCAAAGCUGAGGCAAAUUCGGAGCCAAAGCUUCGCGGUGCAUCUUUGGAAUAGGCAGAGCAGGAAGCUUGAGGUUGAAGAAGGAAGCAUUAUUGGUCAUAUAAAGCAAGAUUGUUGUGUCUUCUGCAAUUCUUCGGCAUCCAGUAUGUGAUUGUGAGUGAGUAUAGAAUAAGGAUGAUGAAGCAAUGAAUCCUCUCUCAUACAAAUUGUUGAAAUGUUGUUGUUUGUACGUGGUUAUGGACCAACUCAGUUCAUUCCACCAUUUUACUCAUCAAGAUUUAUACUCGGUUUAAGUUGUCAUAGGAAAACAAAAAACGAAAAAAAUCAAAUUGUGCGAGUGGUGUCUCAUCUUUAUGUAACACGAUAUAUUUUUCUCUUUCUUUUACAAGUUGUGAAUUGGGCAUGGUGACGAAUACUGUAAUUUUUUUCUUUCUUUCAUCAUCUCUUGCUCAUUUUAUUUAUUUUUUAUUAUUUUUUAUAUAGGUGCUGAAAUAUAUUGUAUUGUAGUGAAUAAUCAUGUCAUUUUUAUUUUCUGUUUUCUUUUUUGAAAAAAAAUAUAUCUAAA